GCCGAGCCAUGGUCAACGGCAGCGCCGGGGCCGAGCCCGAGCCCUGCAACGGCACCGCGCUGGCCCCGGCGGCCGCCGGGCACAACAUCGCUGCCCUGGUGCUGGGCAUCGUCCUCAUCCUGCUCAUCGUGGGGGGCAACGGGCUCGUCUGCCUCAGCGUCUGCACCGAGCGGGCGCUGAAGACCACCACCAACUACUUCAUCGUCAGCCUCGCCGUCGCAGACCUGCUGCUGGCGCUGCUCGUCCUGCCCCUCUAUGUGUACUCCGAGUUCCAGGGAGGUGUGUGGUCCCUCAGCACGGUGCUGUGCGAUGCUCUGAUGACCAUGGACGUGAUGCUGUGCACGGCCUCCAUCUUCAACCUCUGUGCUAUCAGCGUGGAUCGGUUUAUCGCUGUUUCAGUCCCCCUGAACUACAACCGGCGACAGAUCGACCUGCGGCAGUUGAUCCUCAUCUCCACCACCUGGAUAUUGGCCUUUGCUGUCGCAUCCCCCGUCAUAUUCGGCCUCAACAACGUCCCAAACCGGGACCCCAGCUUGUGUCAGCUGGAGGAUGACAACUACAUCGUGUACUCCUCCAUCUGCUCCUUCUUCAUCCCAUGUCCUGUCAUGCUGGUGCUCUACUGCGCCAUGUUCCAAGGACUCAAGCGCUGGGAAGAAGCCCGGAAGGCCAAGCUCAGGGGUGGCAUCUACGGCCCCAACAGGAAGCUCUAUCACCCUGGCACCUUCAUUGCAAGCGAGCAGACCAGGCUGGACCCAGACGAGUGCAACCCCUACACCCUCUCCAGCCAUCCCGGGGACUGUGGGAUGAGCAAUGGGAUUCAGACUGUCUCCUACCCCCACCUCAAGUACCCACAGCCGGGACACAGUCGGAAGCAGGCCAAGAUCAACGGCCGGGAGAGGAAGGCCAUGCGGGUGCUGCCUGUUGUUGUUGGUGCUUUCCUCUUCUGCUGGACUCCCUUCUUCGUGGUCCACAUCACCAAGGCUCUCUGCAAGUCCUGUGCUGUUCCCACACAGGUCACCAGCACUGUCACCUGGCUGGGGUACGUCAACAGCGCCCUCAACCCCAUCAUCUACACCGUGUUCAACACCGAGUUCAGGAACUUCUUCCGCAAGGUCUUGCACCUCUUCUGCUGAGCCCCUGGGGCAGCAAUGGGAUGGGGGGGUUUGUAGGGUUCAUUAAAGCUCUAUUUCUGCCUAA